AUGACUUCUCCCUCGGCAACCCAGGUAGCCGUGAAGCAGAUCCCGGAUCUACCCAAUGAAAUAUUCCUGCUCAUCAUCCAACAAUGCCCUCGAGCUACCUUGAAGCAUCUGCGUUUGGUUUCUAAGAAUCUGGCUCAUAUGGUUGAACCUCAUCUGUGGCGCAAAGUGGUACUGGUUCCCAACGACCAUUGUAUCCUUGGCCUGUACAAAGCAUUGAAACGCUCCAAGAUCACUCGUCACAUCACGAGUCUGACGUAUGAUGGCCGCUUUGGUGCAUUCUUCCACUGCAUCAAGGUAACUCCACCGGAUCCAGCUCUCCCAUUCCCACCAGAUGAACAGGUGAAAGAGAUGGCCUUGCUCGAUCGUACCUGCUCCGGACAUUUCAAACCCUAUGAAGAGGCCGCCAUCGAGGUUGCCAUCUUGUCUCGAGUAUUACGAAUCCUGCCAAAUCUGCAGGCAGUCCGCGUCAAAGAUCACGAAGAUGGCGCCACUAUCCCAGCUACCAAAGUUCCCUCCUUUUAUCUCAAGAUUUGCAAACGCCUCAGGGUCGACCCAGAGUCGGUCAACUGGAGUUCUAUGUCGGCCAAUUCCAGCAGGUCUUACACAAAAGGCUUUCUGACGGCCGCUUUCUCAGCCGGCUGCCACCUUCAAUCCUUCAAGGCAAAAAGCAUAGACGGUCGCAACAUGUUCGGCGUCGUGCCCAUCAAGGCCCCUGCAGCAUUCCAACAACUUCGUAUCUGCCGAACCAUCACGGAGAACCUCCGCGCCCUGGAGCUCUCGUUCCGUAACGACACUCUGAUUAGUACCGCCAAUCACAUUGAAGCAGUCCGCUCCCUCUUAGAAGGCGCACCGAGAAUCAAGACGCUGAGGCUGCGACUGACGGAUUGCAGUGCCAGUCGUUAUCAAUACGCCGAGGAUGAUUUGAUGUCGGAUUUUUGUGGACUCCUGGAAACUUCUGCUGGAACGUGGACGUCUGCGCCUCUCAUCCCCAGACUGGAAACGUUGAUAAUCGACGCCUGUAUCUGUCACGACGAGGACCUGAUGCACUUCCUGAAGAUCCACGCCGCCACCCUUAGACGAUUAGAGUUGUCAAACAUGACCCUUCUCGGCGGCGAAGAUCGUCGGGAAUGCUGGGUCCGACUGAUCAAACACCUGAAGACGGAUCUGAAACUCACUUCGGUGUCUUUCAGCGGAUGGCUGAGUAAUGGGGGCCGGCAACAGUGGUUCGUUGCAAAAGAUACUGUAGGCACAGACAGAUUGAAGGCUAAAGUGGAAGCCUAUGUCGUUGACCGACGUAUUCGAGAAUGCCCCCUGGAAUCGAUCGCCAUCCAGCCAAAUCAAGGUGAUGUUGAGAAACCGGAAGAUGGAGAAGAGUUCGAAGGCGACCUAACCUGGACCAUGGUCUACUCCCUUCACACAGGGGAACAAAUGGACUGGCAGUUGACCCAACCAUCAUUCGGCGUCCAUUCAAAUGAGGUAUCCCAACCACCAUCCGAGGCUGGUGAUGUCAAUUCACUGGACCAGACACUUUCUGAUGGCUGGACAUGGCAUGCAGUUGAUCACUUGGAUGACUCGGAACAGGACGAGCCUUUGGACGACGAGCCGCCUCUUCCCAUUGGGACCAUCGAGGGAUCUGGCAUGUUUCAUGGAGGGGGCAUCCAUUAUCAGCCUUCGCCGCACGAAACAGUGAAACUUUUCAAAUUUAACCCACCUAGCAAAACGGAAUGGACACCUCUUGCAACUACUGGCAACAUCUUUUCAAAUACUGCCUCCAACUGCUGA